AAUCUCAGAACAGCAUCACUCCAAACUUCUCCACUGCACAGCCAGAAGAGAAGCGCUGAAGAGAAAAUACGUUUUCGGACAGAAGCAAGAAGGCAACAAGACAAAAACAGUGAAGCCAUGAUGUUGAAGCUACAGAAAACACUAAGAGCUGUGAGUGCUGUCAGGACUAUGCAUAAUUCUGCAGCAGAAGCAGUUCAGCGGCUCCCGGCCCCCGAAGACACAGUCACAGCAAGUUUUGGGAAGUUCAUCAGUGAGAUAAAACCACAGCACUUGUCCUCUGCGGUUCUCCACCGCAGCAAAAGAAUGGUGCUGGACAGCAUUGGAGUGGGUCUGAUUGGUAGCACUACUGAAGUGUUUGAAAUGGCCCUGAAGCACUGCCAGUACAUGUAUGGCCCGGAUUACAUCAGCUCUGUGUAUGGACGCAGGGGCAUUAAACUCUCUCCAACACUUGCUGCUUUUGUCAAUGGAGUGGCGACCCACUCCAUGGACUUUGAUGAUACAUGGCACCCUGCCACUCAUCCCUCAGGAGCCGUCCUUCCUGCUGUGAUAGCUCUCAGUGACAUGUUGCCAGCUAACAGUAAACCUAGUGGCCUGGACUUCUUGCUGGCCUUCAAUGUUGGCAUUGAAAUCCAAGGCCGACUAAUGAGGUUCUCUAAUGAGGCCAACAACAUCCCCAAGAGGUUUCACCCUCCCAGUGUGGUUGGUACUAUGGGCAGCGCAGCAGCCUGUGCUCGCCUCUUGUCUCUGGAUCCCUCCCAGUGCAGUCAUGCCUUGGCUAUAGCUGCUUCUCUAGCUGGAGCCCCAAUGGCUAAUGCUGCCACCCAGUCUAAACCCCUUCAUAUUGGCAAUGCCGCACGUUUGGGGCUUGAAGCUGCACUGCUGGCCUCUAGAGGUUUGGAGGCCAGUCCUCUGGUUCUGGAUGCUGUUGCAGGGGUGGCAGGGUUUAAUGCUUUCUAUGAAGAUUAUGUGCCACGACCUUUAGAAUCACCCAGUAAAGACGGCCAUACGUUCCUGCUUGAGGAGCAGGACAUGGGCUUCAAGCGCUUCCCUGCACAUCUGGGGAUGCACUGGGUGGCGGAUGCUGCAGCCUCAGUCCACGAGCUUCUUGUGGGAGUCGGUCCUGGUAAAGUCUCCCCAGCUCAAGUCCAGGACAUCCUGCUCAGAGUCCCCCAGUCUAAAUACAUCAACAGACCCCUCCCUGAGUCUGAGCAUGAGGCACGCCACUCCUUCCAAUUUAAUGCUUGCAGCGCUCUCCUGGACGGUGAGGUGACCGUGCAGUCCUUCACCCCAGCUGCCAUGAGCCGCCCAGAGCUGCUCGCCCUGCUGACUCGUGUCCGUCUGGAGCAUCCACACGACAAUCCUGCUAAUUUCAACCGCAUGUAUGGAGAAGUCCAGGUGACACUUGUUGGUGGAGACAUUAUAAAGGGGCGCUGUGACACAUUCUAUGGUCACUGGCGCAACCCACUGACCAAUGAGAGCCUGAGGAAGAAGUUCAGAAACAAUGCAGAGGUGGUGCUUCCUUCAGAGAGGGUCGAGCAGCUGAUUGAGGUGGUGAAGGAGCUGGACCAACUUGGAGACUGCAGGGUACUUCUCUCACAUCUGCAGUGAAGAUUCAAAUAUGCACAGACACACAGAAGACAUUUUACAUCAUAUUAAAAACAAAAAUGUUAAUUUAGCAAUUAUUAUCACAGGUUUUUAAUAUUAAUGGCAAUGUUGAAAACAGUACUAUAUAUGUUUUAAAAUGUUGCACACAAAUGUUUGCAGAAUUCGAUGGUAAACCAAGAGUUUAGAAUUUAUGAGGACAAAUGAAAAUGGCUGCAAAUCCACGAGAUUAAUUUAAUUCUAAAAUGUGAAAAGAAAAUUAUAUAUAUAUAUAUAUAUAUAUAUACACAUACAUAUGUUCCACUGCUAAACAGCUGUCUUCCAUCUGUAUAUAGCUUGUCCUCUUCUUAGGAUUUCUUGUGUCACUUAGGGAGGAAUCUUUUGUCUUUAAAGCCCUUCUCAUGCAGAUUUUAAUGUUUCUCUUGCAGGGAUUUAUUUAUAUUAAGGAUUAUUUACAGCAGUUUGCUUCUUCAGACUAACUGUUGUGCUUUUUGUGAGAACUGCCUGUAAACCUGAUAAAUUGUUAUGAGUGUUUGAAAGUAUGAGCUACCUAUCUUAAUGUCUUUGUAUUGCUAAAACUUUGUUAAUCCCUACAUUAUAUGAGAUUGUGAAGGAACCUGAUCUAAUAUGUUCUCAAAGCAGAGUCAAUAAACUGACUUGCGUACUUUAAAUUGUUUCUGUAUAUCAUUAAUGUUUUAUCUUUUUAAUCCUUUAACAAUUAAUGUGAUCCCUGAAAGAUGGUAGCAUCUUUUAAAUAAACUUUUCAUCUUCUAGAAGCAUAAAACUGUCUUAAGAAUGGUUUUAUAAAAUGUGCUCAUGUUGCACAGAGCUUGA